GUGCCUGACCGGGAAGGGCUCCCCGGUACCGGGGGGGGGCACGGCCGCCAUGUCCGCGGCGCCGCAGCUGUGCCCGCACUGCCGCAGGCCCUUCAAGCGGCUCCGCUCACACCUCCCGCACUGCCGCGCAGCGCCGGGCACGGCCCCGGGCCCCGCCGGUACCGGCGCUGCGGCCACGGACCGGACCGGGACCGGGGGCACGGGGCUGCCCCCCGCGGAGCCGGCGGACGGGAGCGCGCAGGCGGGGACGCGCGGUCCCGGAGCCGGGGGGAAGGCGCCUGCGGGCUCAGCGCGGAGGGAGCGCGGCCGGAAGGCAACGGAGCUACCGGUACCACCGGUACCCGGAGCUGCCCCCGGCGGCUGCAGCGGCCCCGGUGACCGCGGCCUGCGGGGCAGGGAAGGGAAGCGGGGGCCGGCGGGGGCCGGUGGGGGGCAGCGAGCCCCGGUGCCUGCCCCGCACACCCACAGCCUCCGUGUGCCCGGGGCGGAGGCUCCCGGAGCGCACAGCGAGCGGCAGACGGUGCCCGAACCCAUCCUGAGCGGUGCUGAGCUCCAGCCCCUGCUCCACGCGGCCCGAACCCAUCCCGUCUGCCUGCCCCAGGCGGCCGGGGGCAGCACGCAGGCAGCGGGCCUGGGCUUGGAGUGGUUUCCAGACUUGCAUCCCAAUUACGAUCGGCUGAGGGUUUUUCCAGGGAAGCUUUUCCAUGAGGAUGUGGAGAUCACGAUGAGGACACCAACGGGAAACUUCUCCAUAGGGCAGCGAGGUCCCCUCCUGGAGAGGCGGCUGAUGGACGUGAGGCUGGGGGAGCUGCCCCUGUGGGUCACCACCAGAGACCUCUCCCCUCAGGCACUGCUUGGAGGAGCACAGAGAGCCUGGAACAGCUACUACAACAAAUACAUCAACGUGAAGAAGGGUGGACCAGCCGGGAUCUCCAUGCUGCUGGCUGGGUACUGCCUCCUCAGCUAUGCCUGGAACUAUCAGCACAUCAAGCGUUAUCGCUGGCGUAAAUACCACUGAAGCAGCUGGAACAGCACACAAGGAAUGGUCGGGAAUCUGCUGGGAGCCAGCAGAACUGCUCAGAACCAGUGUCCCAGCAGGGACUCCAAUCAGCAGAGGUCACAGUUGGGUUCUUCAUUGCAGUUACCUCCUCGUAGGCAGAGGGAGGAUGCUGACAGUGCCUGCAGUCACUGCUCUGAGGCUCAGGCAGCUUUUAGUGCUGAAGAAGAAAGCAUCAGAGCCACCCUGUGAGGACAGGAUGCAGCAGAGCUGCUGUAGUCUGCAGAAGCCUAAAUCUUGCUUUGGGACACCAGGCACAGGACAACUCCUGGCUGCUGCUGUAGAUUAAUGGACCUGUAUAUUGUAGUUGGAGUGAUGUAAGGUUUGUGAUGGGCUGUGGCCAGAAUAACUGUUCCCUUUAAGUUAGAGCCUAUCUUUUACUUACCCUGAUGGGGUAUAAUGGGAGAAAGGAGGUUCUCUCCUUCCACAAAGCCCCCCCCAGCCCUGCUUCCCUGUCAGCACAGCACUGGUGUGACUGCCAGGCUGAGGUGAAGCCAUGGGAGCAGCAGCACCCAGACCUCAGCGCCCUACUUCUGGAGGAAGGGAAGGAAAAAAUCCAUUGGAUGAGCUGUUGUGCCCACAGGGCAAACCCGUGUCUGCAUCAGACCCAUGAGGACAGCAGAGUGCUGGUUGGAGCCUGCCAUUGCCAGACAUGUCUGGGAACGGGUUGCUCAUGCUACAGGCAUGAAGGGCAGAAAACAAAAGCCAAGUUAGAAAGAUCCAACCUCUUUAUUCAGCGUGGGGCAGUUGUGUUGUGUCAGCUGUCGGGGGGGUCACCACUAACUCCCUCCCUUUCAGCAGCAAUAAAAGCUUAUGUGGCUUU